GCCUAUAUGGUAUAUUCUCCUGUUUUAACCCUAGGACGCGCAUUUUACUAGAUGGCGAAAUCAGCGGUUCCAUGGUGGAUGGGUGAUUCUAGUCGCCAUAUAACCGAACAACCAGAGGGCACUAUCGUUUGGGCUAAGAAACGCUCUCAAUGGCAUGCGGCGAUCGUUGCAUCACCUCUCAACUGCUCCACACCCACUCCUGAUGCUCCUGGUGCUCUGAAAAUCGCUCCUGGUGGCCCGAACAACGCUCCUGGUGCUUUGAGCAUCGCCCCUGGUGCCCUGAAUAACGCUCCUGGUGCUCUGAACAUCGCCCCUGGUGCCCCGAGCAACGCUCCUGAUGCUCUCACCACCACUCCUGGCGCGCCCCUUGUUACUCCUCCUACCACCUCCUGCAUCAGCCCUCCUUCUACCCAUCCUCACCCACUUUCCCCUUCUCCUCCCCCCCACCUCAUGCCACUCCUCCGCUUCCGCCUGGCCUCUCUCCGAAUGUUCCGCCCCUGGCUCCGUUACUGCUGCUGCUGCAACUCCCCUCCCCCCUUCGCCUGAACCUGCUGCUGCCACAGCACCAGUAUCCGCUCAAGCGCAUGGCGCAGCACCAGUAUCGGCUCAAGCGUAUGACACAUCACCAGUAUCGGCUCAAGCGUAUGACACAGCACCAGUAUCGGCUCAAGCGUAUGACACAGCACCAGUAUAUGGCACCCGUCCACAUCUCCCCCCGUCCGCUUAUGUCUGUGUAUUCCUUCCCCGCGACGCCACCUUUGUCUGGGGCGAGGGGCGAGAGGGCCGAGAGGGCCGAGAGGGCCGAGAGGGGCGAGAGGGCCGAGAGGGGCGAGAGGGGCGAGAGGGGCGAGAGGGGCGAGAGGGGCGAGAGGGGCGAGAGGGAGGAGAGGGAGGAGAGGGAGGAGAGGGGCGAGAGGGAGGAGAGGGAGGAGAGGGGGGAGAGGGGGGAGAGGGAGGAGAGGGAGGAGAGGGAGGAGAGGGGGGAGAGGGAGGAAGGGGUGAGGGCGAGAGAGAAGGAAAAGAGAUUCAAGAAUCACCAAAGAGGAGUGGGGGGAGGAGCGAAGCAGGACGGGAGCAGAUUCUAAGUCUUAUGAGGAGGGUUGGGCUACUCACAGUGGCGACUGAAACACUCGAUCUGAGCGACCAGGUCCCAUUGGAGGUA